GGGGCCGCCGCGCGGGGGCGGACCUCGGCGCGCUCCCGGCCGCUCGCUGGCUCCGGGGCCGCGGCGGCUCCUCUGCCGGGUCGCGCCGGAGGACAGGCUUCGGGCGGCGGCUUGGGCGGCCUGCGGACCGACCGGGUGGGCCGAACAGCGGAACCCCGCGCCUGCCGUCUGCCUUGCCCGCUAUUGCGGGCUGCGCGCCAUGGCCGCCUCGCCCGGCUCGGGCAGCGCCAACCCGCGGAAGUUCAGUGAGAAGAUCGCGCUGCACACGCAGCGGCAGGCCGAGGAGACGCGGGCCUUCGAGCAGCUCAUGACCGACCUCACCCUGUCCCGGGUUCAGUUUCAGAAGCUUCAGCAGCUGCGCCUAACUCAGUACCACGGGGGAUCCCUACCUAACGUGAGCCAGCUGCGGGGCAGCGCGGCAGACUUUCAGCCGUCACUUCAUCAAGCUGAUAAUGUUCGUGGAACUCGCCACCAUGGGCUGGUGGAGAGACCAGCCCGGAACCGCUUCCACCCCCUUCACCGAAGGUCUGGGGACAAGCCAGGGAGACAGUUCGAUGGAAAUGCCUUUGCAGCCAGUUAUUCUUCGCAGCAGCUGGAUGAGAGCUGGCCACGGCAACAGCCUCCUUGGAAAGAAGAAAAGCAUCCUGGAUUCAGGCUAACAUCUGCACUUAACAGGACCAAUUCUGAUUCUGCUCUUCACACGAGUGCUCUGAGCACCAAACCCCAGGACCCCUAUGGAGGAGGAGGCCAGUCAGCCUGGCCUGCCCCAUACAUGGGUCUCUGUGACGGUGAAAAUGAUGGCCAUGGGGAAGUAGCAGCCUUCCCGGGUCCGCUGAAAGAAGAGAAUCUGUUAAAUGUCCCGAAGCCACUGCCUAAACAACUGUGGGAGACCAAGGAGAUCCAGUCCCUGUCGGGGCGCCCUCGAUCCUGUGAUGUUGGGGGUGGCAAUGCUUUCCCACAUAAUGGCCAAAACACAGGCCUCUCGCCGUUCCUGGGGACCCUGAACACUGGAGGGUCGUUACCAGACCUAACCAACCUCCACUACUCAGCACCCCUGCCAGCCUCCCUGGACACCAGCGACCACCUCUUUGGUAGCAUGAGUGUGGGGAACAGCGUGGGCAACCUUCCAGCUGCUAUGACUCAUCUGGGGAUAAGAAACUCCUCUGGUCUCCAGAGUUCUAGAAGUAACCCUUCCAUCCAAGCCACACUCAGUAAGAUGGCACUCUCCUCAUCCCUCAAAUGCCACCCACAGCCGUCCGUGGCCAACGCCUCUGCUCUCCACCCCUCCAUCCGGCUCUUCUCCCUUAGCAACCCAUCUCUCCCUACCACAAACCUGAGCGGCCCCUCUCGGCGCAGGCAGCCUCCAGUCAGCCCUCUCACGCUCUCCCCUGGCCCUGAAGCACAUCAAGGUUUCAACAGACAGCUGUCUGCAACCAGCCCGCUGAACCCAUAUCCUGCCUCCCAGAUGGUGACCUCAGAGCAGAGCCCACUUUCCUUCCUGCCUGCAGAUGCUCAAGCCCAAGUGUCCCCACCACCCCCUUACCCCACACCCCAGGAGCUGCCUCAGUCACUCCUACAGCCGCCCCAUGCCCAGGAGCCCCCAGCUCAGCAGCCCCAGGCAGCCCCCUCCCUGCCACAGUCAGACUUCCAGCUCCUCAGUGCCCAGGGUUCAGCUCUGACCAGCUUCUUCCCAGAUGUGGGCUUUGACCAACAGCCCAUGAGGCCCAGCCCUGCCUUUCCUCAACAGGUGCCUUUGGUACAGCAGAGCCACCGAGAACCACAGGACUCAUUCCACUUGAGACCAAACCCGUAUUCCAGCUGUGGCAGCUUCCCGAGCUCCAUCCUGGCAGAAGAUACAAGCACCAGCCUGUUCAAAGGCCUUGGUGGGGGGCUGUCGGGCAUGCCUGACGUAAGCCUGGACAUGGGCACGCCCUUCCCACUGGAAGAGGAGCUGCAGAUCGAGCCCUUGAGCCUGGAUGGACUCAACAUGCUAAGUGACUCCAGCAUGGGCCUGCUGGACCCCUCUGUGGAGGAGACAUUUCGGGCUGACCGGCUAUGAACAAAAUGCAGUGGAACUGGGGAACCGAACCGGCCCGAAUAAGCUAGAACGGAGCCAGCGAGCACCUGAUGGUAGUCACAGCACAGGGGGGCCAUGCUGCCCCAGGCUCUCCACUAAGGUCCCAGCUCAGAUGCCGCCCGCCCACCGAGGCUUCCGUAGACACAGCUGUGCUCUCCGGCCCGUGGCACCAGUUGUACUGCUACAGGCCAGCUGCUUUUGGAGCUCCUGGUGACCAGGAAGCUCACUAUGUCACCCUUAAUUCUUUUUAUUGGCCACUCAGUCAGUGUGUAAAUGUCGAAAAUGCUGUGUAAUAUGUCGGUGCUCCAAACCUCGGGUCCCCAUCAGCACUGAACACAGAAUGGUGUAGGAGGCAGUUGGGGGUCUCGGGCCCCUGGAGUCGGCUCAGUGUCACACAACGGUACCAGAGCACCAUGAUGCCUUUCUGUCUGACCACCAAAGCCAGGCACCCCUCCAGUUGGUGGGGCUCUGGGCCUGGCCACUGCUCGGUCAGAUGGCUUACUUACAAUGAAGAAGCUUAACCAACUCCACCCCACCCCACCCCACCCCACCCCAGGGCAGGCUUAAGUCAGGCAAACUGAGUGCGGGAAGCUUCCUCCCAGUUUGCAGUCUCUCUUCUGCUGCUUUCCUCUGUGUGUGCACGUUUCCCUCACAGACAGGAAGAGGAGACUCAGUUGCUCACUGAAACAAAAAUUUCCUUGGAAACAGGAUGAGCCUGAGGAUGACAGUGCUCCCAGGAGACUGAAGGAGGAGAGGGAGGCCACAGGCCUGUCACCUGCACAAGGUGCCCUAGCCUUAGGCCUGCACCCUCCAGCCCACUGGAAGGAACUGCAGGGACUCCUGUUAGUACAGGGCAGCUGACUGCCCUUCCCUCCCCAGCCUUCUCCACAGACCUCAAGUUCAAUGCAAUUCCCACUAGACCAUAAGCUCCCAGAGCAGGAGCUGCGCCUUGUCCUGUACCGACCCCUACCCUCGUGCCCACCAAGUGCCUGGUAGGAAGGCAUGGCGCCCGGGUAUGGAUGAGGGAAUGCCCGUGCCUCCCUCGUGGUGGGGUGGUCUAACCUGUAGCUGUCUCCAUCCCUGCCUCAGCUCAGAGCUUUAACCUUCUCACACUGGUGCCUUGGAUCCACUCUCUUGAGCAUGCCUUAACACUAGACGACCAGCCCUGCCGCGAGCCCAGCACCCCUCCUCGGGCGGGAGGGAGUAUGUCCCUCAGCAGCUAGGUGGGAAUCACCCAGUGAGCGCCUCCAGAAUGGCUGACCACACCAGACCCCAUGGCGGUGGGGCACCUGGCACUCAGACUGCCCACAGCAAAUUCUCCCACUCAGACCCAGGGUUUGUUUUUCUAAAUUGCUUAAAAUAGAGGUGCAAACUUUGAGGUUAAGAAAUAUGGCCUGGAUCAUGGGCCUCUUGUUAUUCAUUAACACCUUAUCACACAGUGAUUUGAGAAGAUUCCACUGCCACCUGCCUCCUGGCCCCAAAUGGGGAAAGUGACGGGGGAGGAGCCAGGCUGAGGGACAGGAGGACCUGGGGGAGAAUCUUGUCUCGGACACCUGCUGCCCUUCCUGAGGCAUGUAGCUGAGGCUCAGUGGCUGUUCCCACCCGGGAGAGCAAGGAUGGAGUGGAGGAAGCUGACCCGUUGUUAGGAGCCUGCGGCCGGAAGCUGGCUCCUCCAGCUCCCACGCGGGGCUCUUCUUAGGCCUUCCUUAAGGUUCUUCAGACAGCCCGAUGGAGCCGUGCUGAGCCUUCCCCAAGGAGCCCAGAAUUCUGUGCUCCCAUUUACCUCCAUCUCUGCUGUUUAAUUGGGAAACCAAAUUAGAAUCCUCUUCACCUGAUUCCACCCCGGCCUUCUGCUUGCGUGCGAGCCCUAGUCCCAGUGAAGCGCAUAUGCUGAUGCCUGAGAUCCCAGAGCGGGGUGGCUUUAGUGAAAGUGAAAAGCUUUUGCCCAGCACCCCAGCACACCCACACAAGCCAGCUCCCACAGCAGAGGCCCCUGAAAUUGGAUCUCUGCCUUCAGGCAGAGAUCGAUGCUGAUGUAAAAGCUGAGAGAAAGGGGUUCCCAGCACAAUCUGCGUUCUGCAUCAAGCCUUAUCCGUGGGAUCAUCGUGUCGGUCACACCCACACGGCACAAGGAGAAGAGCCAGGUAUGAGGUGACAGGGUCAGGAGGAGGAGAAUCCUGCUUGGAUAGCUGCUGUCCUCUCGUAGGGGUGUGACAGGAUAUUUCACGACCCCAUACCCUAAGUUGCCCUGUUCCUGAGACAUUUUCCAGUCGGAGGGCAAGCACUGGCUAUGGGAGAAGUUGAAAAAAAAAAAAAAAAGAGAAAACCCAAAAAACAAAAAAGACAAUGUAGCACUGAACUAAAUCCGCCCGUAGGCCCAUCAACCUGAUCUUUUCGUGUGAGUAGCUUUAAGCUACUGGAGAGCCCACCCGUCUAGAUGGUGUUGAGUACACCAGGAGGCAGUGUCGCCCUGUCCCGGCCGUGUAAGCCUGUACUCCAUGCUGCCUUUGUGACAGACCUGUCUUAGGCAUCAGCAUUGAAGUGGCUUUGGCUUCCCCAGGCCUCUCUCCAGUAUCUUCUCUCUGUGCCACCAGCUGCCCUUCCCUAGCAGCGGCCAUCCGCAGUCGGUCGCGGGGGUUUAGGACGUGAACGUGAGGAGAAGUGUUGUGAUCCUGUCAGGAUCAGCUCUCCUUUGCCCUGCUCCCUUCCCCCAAGUCUACUGUAGAUUAUCUGGGCUGAGAGGUUGUGUAUUCAUGCUCGUGCGCAUAUCUGAAGACAUUUCCUGUUGAGUUCUUCUGAUUUAUGCACAGAUGGUUCCCAGCGUUUCUACUGCUCCAGAAAGGGGCCAUCCCAGCAGCUAAUCAGACUUCCGGCCAGUGUCCUAACUCCCGGCCUUUUGUUAAGCAAUAUUGAAAGAUCGAACUUUGUAUAAAGAAGCUUCCAAGUUUUAUAAUGCAUCAUUUUACAUCUUUCAUAAUUAAAAACAGCACACUAUGGUUGUAU